AGUUUUAUAUAAUUCUUUUGUGCAAUAAUAUGUAAUCUCAUAUAAUUAGUGACCAAUAACUUAGCUAAUACGAGGUUUAUCAAAUAAAUACAAAGGAGGACUGUAAACGUCAUUGAUGUAACAAAUCUUACGCUACCGAUUCAUGUGCAGCUGCAAAAAUGAAAUUGAAGGGAACGAAGAAGAGACAGUGAAGUGAUCUCGUUUUAGCGCGCACAAGUUAUAAUCUCCAUCACAUAUUAGAAACGUUCGAAGCACCGCCACGUGAUGGCUGAUGAUAUACACAGGACUCGAGCAGGAGGAUCACGUUCUCAUCUUGUUAGGAUUCAAACAUGAGUGUGCACGCGCGCGCGCGUGCAUACACGUGUAUACACGCCUUCACGCCUUUGCGAGCAUUCUCCCGCGAUGGGAUUCAAAAGGAUUGACCGUGAUGCAUGCAAUCAACUAUCGCUUGGCUACAAACUGACACACAUACGUCAUCUCACACGUGAGGGAAGAUACAUAUCGGACACGAACCGCUGAAAGGACAUAUCCCUAACAAGGAGUAUUUCAUCGCUAAAGAGGAAUUAAUUCCCAAUGGAGGACUGCAAUCUUAAUUCAAUCGAGGGUGAAUCUAGGUCGAGCAUCAUACGACUCGUCGUGGAAGAAAAUCUCGCCAAUAGUUGGCGCUCGCAGACAAUUAUUUUCAAACUGAUAGACUGUUGACGCGUAACCUAUAAGAAGUGGGUUUUAAUAAAUUAUAAUAAUGUUACCUCUGACUUUACUAAAAACAGCGCAAAACCACCCCAUGUUGGUGGAGCUGAAAAAUGGGGAAACUUACAACGGUCAUUUAGUCAGCUGCGAUAACUGGAUGAACAUAAACCUCAGAGAGGUUAUAUGUACAUCAAGGGAUGGUGACAAAUUCUGGAGAAUGCCUGAAUGCUAUAUAAGAGGCAGCACAAUAAAAUAUCUGAGGAUCCCAGAUGAAGUAAUAGACAUGGUAAAAGAAGAUAUACAGAUGAAAUCAAGGGGACGUGGCGAGAUGAAGGGCCGAGGCCAGAAUCAAAGAGGACGUGGUGGUGGAAGAGGUACCUUUGGCAGAGGAGGAAGAGGUCCAGCACCAUUGGGUCGUGGGGGUAGUACACAAGUCGGAAAUAAAUCACAAAAUAAACCAAGACCUAAAUGAAACCAAAUAUUAUUUUUAUUUUACUUCAAUUACAUAAUUCUACGCGAAUAUUCGAAAAUAUUUUCUUUUGCGAAGAUUCGUCACUUAUUCCGAUUCCUUAUUGUUCCACAUAAUCUUGUAUAUGUAAACUUAAUAUCUUAAUUCAUAUCAAACAAAGGCGCAUUGCUCGUGUGAAUAUUGUACUUAGUUGUACAUAUCAGGAGACACAAGCGUAACAAUACUAGUUUCCUUUGCACGAGACCGCGACGGUACAUUUUACAGUAAUGUAAACUGUAGUGAAUACUUUAUUAAGAAUGCGUUUAAAAAUUAUAAAUUUUUUUAUUUAAUUUU